AUGGCCGAAACAAUCGAACCUCAAACUAAUGUUUUUGCAGCGGAUAAAUACGACGGAGCUUCUUCUAAACGAAAGUACGGCCACGACACUGACAUGUCGCAGCCUGUUGCUGGAUGGUUGAAAUUCCAGGUUCCAAUUGUACCGAAACCUGAUGACGACCAGUAUGAGCGACAAGCAACAAAGCAAUUUGAUAUUUCUAGAUUACUUCACCAAGCUAAAUCAUGUUAA